GUGGGUUUUCAGUAGGAUAAGUCAUGUUUAGUGGUUAGGGGGUUAUUGUUUGGUUGGGUUUAUGCAGUAUCAUUGUGGGGGAAUGGGGACUCAUGGAUGGAUCACAGGCUGUUACGCGUGUGAUGAUGGCAGAGGCAGGGUUUUACUUUCAAGUGGGGCACUAGGGGUUAAGUGCCUGGCGUGCUGGGUCGCAGGGUGGGGAGGACAAGGGGGGUGGUUUGGGUCACGUCCCCUUAGGUCCCUAGUUGGGGUGGAUCGCUCUAUGCGUCCAGGUGGUGGUUGGGAUUCCAACAUGUACAUGGUGAGUUUUGUGGCGUAUUUGUCUUUAUUAUUUUGGGUGUUUUUAAGCUACAUUCUAGUGGGAUAAGCUAUCUUACAGGGUUGGUGGCAGACAUAGAUGUUGUCUGGAUUCUAGCAGAGGUUAGGGGAUAGAUGGAC